AUAAGCACUCAUAAAGCCGUAAAGCAGAAAAAAUACACACCCUGACAAGCAAUAUCAGUUUCAAAAAUACAAAUCAAUUCUGCAAUGCGUACGCGGCCAGGGCGUGCGUUUAAUUGAAGACAAGACGCCGAUAUACGCGGGGCUGCGGGAAUAACAAGCGAAGAGAUGCCAGCGCCACAGACGAUUGCAGUAAGUGCCGCUGCCAUAACCACGACCAAUGUGCCCAGCGCAGAGGCCAGCACCAACGCCGCAGCGCCAACUGCAACGGCCUCAGCUACGACGGCAACGGUAAACAACACCGUCAGCAGUAGUGGACGCCAUCAGCUGCGACCCGUUAAGUACGAUUAUGCGGACUCGUUUGCCUGCACAUAUGUCGUUUCGGUGGUGGCCGCCUCCGUAGCCGAGCUGGCCACAUAUCCGCUGGAUCUCACAAAGACCCGCCUGCAAAUCCAAGGCGAAGCGGCCAGUGUGGCCGCCAUUGCCAGUACCGCUAACGCCACCAGUAGCGUCACCGGCGGCGCCAAAGCCAAUAUGCAAUAUCGCGGCAUGGUCGCCACGGCCUUUGGCAUUGUACGCGAGGAGGGCGCCCUCAAGUUGUGGCAGGGCGUGACGCCGGCGCUCUACCGACACGUCGUCUAUAGUGGUGUGCGCAUCUGCAGCUAUGAUCUGAUGCGCAAGGAGCUAACCGAGAAUGGCACCCAGGCGCUGCCCGUUUGGAAGUCGGCUCUCUGCGGUGUCACAGCCGGCGCUGUGGCUCAGUGGCUGGCGUCGCCCGCGGACCUGGUCAAGGUUCAAAUCCAAAUGGAGGGCAAGCGGCGACUGAUGGGCGAGGCGCCGCGUGUGCAUGGUGCCGCGCAUGCGUUCCGCAAGAUUGUGCAGCGCGGCGGCAUCAAGGGCUUGUGGAAGGGCAGCAUACCGAAUGUGCAGCGUGCGGCGCUAGUCAAUUUGGGUGAUCUGACCACAUACGACACGAUCAAGCAUCUGAUCAUGCGUCGCCUGCACAUGCCCGACUGCCAUACGGUCCAUGUGCUCGCCUCCAUUUGCGCCGGCUUCGUGGCUGCCAUCAUGGGCACUCCGGCGGAUGUGGUGAAGACGCGCAUCAUGAACCAGCCCACCGACGAGCUGGGACGCGGCUUGCUCUAUCGCGGCUCGGUGGAUUGCCUGCGUCAGACGGUUGGCAAGGAGGGUUUCGUUGCUCUAUACAAGGGAUUCCUGCCCUGCUGGAUACGCAUGGCGCCCUGGUCACUAACCUUCUGGCUGUCCUUCGAACAGAUACGCAAAAUGAUUGGCGCCUCCAGCUACUGAGAGCCCUUAGUUAUUAAAAAUCAAAUACUAAAUGCUUAGCAUUGAAAGAGAAUCAAAAAACAAA